UAUGGAGAAAGAAGCACAAAACCUAAAAGCUAAACAUAAAAGUGAUAAAGUAUGGGAUUGUGAAAGCUCUCUCUACGACUCUUAUGAGCUCAAAUCUUUCCAACAACAACUCGAUUCCGCCAUAUCCACCCGAACAAUGUCAAUGCCCCACCUCUCCUCCUCCUCCUCCCUCCGUCGAGAGCCACCACCUCCACAACCUUUCGAUCACAAUCCCGCCUCCAAGAAACACUCGAGACUCACCCGCUCCUUUAGCAAGCUCAUCCGGUCAGUUUUUCGGUCUAGACAUAACCGCCGCAAUACAUCAACAAAAGAUGAAAUGUUUUUUGUCUAUGACACUUCAAGCGUGCUUUCCACUAUAUCGGAGGUGCCCGAGAUGGUUCCGGACUUUGAUUUGCUUUCGCCGGACAUGAAGUCGUUGGUGACUAGAACGCGAUCCGAUCGGUUUAGGCCAACUUCUCUUGGUAUAUCCUGUGCUUGACAAUUACAAAUAUUUCAUUUUUCUGUACGUUAUUAGUUAUGGACAUUUGUUGUAUUGUUUGUAACGUAUUCGUUAAAUAGUUUUAUACGAACAUCAUGUAUUAUACUUGAAUUUACGUGUGUUUUAAUUAGAGUGUGUGAUUAACCAAA